UUCUGUGCGCCUACUUCCGGUUCCGGUCUGAUUAUCGCGGCUUGAAACGUUUCGGUUUUACUCGGAUCUUAACUGGUUUUUAAAGAUGGGGGAGGCAGAUGUGACCCUCAGUCAGACCGAGGAGAAGCCCCCGGACUCGGCUCUGGUUCCCGGGGAGGACUCGGUGGUCUGGAGCCACGAAGUGGAGGUGUGUCUUUUCCACGCGAUGAUCGGACACAAACCAGUGGGAGUGAACCGCCACUUCCACAUGAUCUGCAUCCGGGAUAAAUUCAGCCAGAACAUCGGCAGGCAGGUUUCUUCCUCCGUCAUCUGGGACCAUCUGGGCACCAUGUACGACAUGCAGGCUCUGCACGAGUCGGAGAUCCUGCCGUUUCCAAACGUGGAGAAGAGUUUCUCGCUGCCGGAGGAGAUCAUCCAGGAGGUGAAAGGAGGGAAGCUGGGCUCAGAGGAGGAGAUCAAAGAGGAGUUCAGGAUGGAGAGAGAACCUCCUGCUACACAUGAAGAAGGAAGUAACUCGUCUGUGAAGAUGUUGGAGCGAAUGAGCGGCAGUCGGGAAAAAGAGAAGGAGCGCGACAAGGAGAAGGGCGGAGGUGAAGGAGGAGCAGCAGCAGCAGCAGUAGGAGGAGGAGCGAAGGAGGCGGAGAAGAGGAAGAGGAGCCGAGCCACAGAGAAACUGCUGUCAUCUUCCAACCCAGCGAGUCCGGGAGGCGCCAAGAGGAGGCGCACCUGAGAGCUGGACUCUGAUUGGCUUGUCUUACGCUGGCCUCUCCCUUCAGCAGGAAGUGACACGUUUGGACCCCCAGUUUAUUUCCUGUAGCUUUUUGUUUUCCGCAUUCAUGUUUCCCAUGGAGCCGAGCAGAACUCUGGACCCAACGCGGCUCUGCUGGAUGAACCGCUGCAGUUCUGCUCCGGACUCUGGUCGGCCCGGUUCUGGAGAACUCAGCCGCUCCAUCUUCCAGGCUCCUGGGAUCGCAGCUGAGUCGGAUCUCUGGGAAUGUUUCUCCAUCUGAAAUCUGCUAAAAAUGAGCAGAAAAACACAUUUAUGAUGCUUUCCUCUCAUAUUUUUAGCUUAUGUUUAGUUUCUGUUUCAUACAGUGUGGGAUAUUUUUAAAUGUUUUUUUUAUUUUUAUUAAAAUAUUUAUUCAUGAUGACAAGACUGUUGGUGACAUUAAAGAUGAACUCCUCAA